AAAGUCAGAUAUUUUUCUCUUUCUGGAAGUGCCGAUUCAAUCUCACAAAGCCAUGGAUGCAAUUACCAAGCUUCUCGACUUUGCAUUGCCCCCACUUUCUCUACUUCUCUUCACCAUUCUAAUGCCACCUUCCCUCAUAUUCAAGCUGCUUAUGCACGUAAGAAAAUCUCUGCGCAAAGAAAACGUCGCAAACAAAGUCGUAUUAAUCACCGGAGCAGCCUCAGGAAUUGGCGAGCAAAUAGCUUAUGAAUAUGCAAGGCGAGGAGCAAAGCUUUCUCUGGUUGAUAUCAGAAAGGAGAACCUUGCGGCGGUGAGUGAUAAAGCACGAUCUCUGGGUUCUCCUGAUGUUACCAUCAUUGGUGCUGAUGUAUCCAAGCCCCAUGAUUGCAAACGCUUUGUUGAUGAAACGGUCAACUACUUCGGAAGACUGGAUCAUCUGGUAAAUAAUGCAGGAAUCAGUGGUAGACCUGUAACUGUGGAGAAUAUGCGUGAUGUUUCUGAAUAUACUGCAGUUAUGGAUGUAAAUUUUUGGGGAGCAGUUAAUGCGACGAUAUAUGCAAUCCCACAUCUGAAAAUAAGCAAAGGGAGGGUCAUAGUGAUUGCUUCGGUUUGCGCAUGGUUCCCACUACCGCUGAUAAGUAUCUAUAAUGCGAGCAAAGGAGCGAUAGUAAACUUCUUCGAGACUCUGAGAAUGGAAGCUGGCAGUGGUAUCGGCAUAACAAUUGCGACGCCCGGUCUUGUGAAGACAGAACUUACAUUAAGGGCGAAAUGUGAGUUCCAGGAUGCUAUGAGAAGAGUUCGAAUGGGAUCAGCUAGUGAAUGUGGAAAAGCCAUUGUUGAAAGUGCAUGCAGGGGAGAUAUGUAUGUUACAGAUCCAUCGUGGCCCAAAGCCUUGUUUCCUUGGAAAGUCUUUCAUCCUCAAUUCGUAGAUUGGGCCUGCAACCUCAUCUGUGCACCUUCUUCAAACAAAUCUGCCAUCAAAACCAAUCUCGUGAUGCCACAGCAUAAGGCAGAAUAAAGUCUUACUUUGCAUUCUUCAUUCCGUCACCUACUUCACCUUCCAAGUGUUUCUCACAGAGGAAGAUGAUUCAUAAUAAUUAAAACAAGACUUUACUAUUUUCUCUUUUUAUUUUCCUUUCUUCUGGAAUUAUCAUGUUCUUUGUUUUUUUUUUCCUCGUUUGACCAUGGUUCUCAUCAUGCCAAUAUAAAAUAUUAGAGUAAGGGUUUGUUUGUAUAUGAGCUCAUUUUUUUGUCAUGAAAAUUUUUAUGGUAAAAGAAUUACAGAGGUAAGGAGAAUAAUCUUUGGGAGUUAA